CAUAUAAAACGUUAAAUCGAAAGGAGCGGUCCAGAUUAUUUAACCAUUUCUCAUUUAACAUUCAAUUGGUCAAACAGGUUUGCAUGUUAUAAUUCCCCUCUCUCUAUAAAUACAGAUCCAUCAUCUUCGCUGCACCAGCUCAAACAUAAUUCACGAAGCAUUACGGUUUUAGGGUUAACGAUCAAGAGCAGCAGAGAUGGCGAUGACUAAGACCAAAGAGCUUGUUUCCUCAAACGCUGUUGUCGUUUUCAGCAAGACGUACUGCCCCUAUUGCACGAGCGUGAAGAAGCUAUUGGAUCAGUUGGGAGCUAAAUAUAAGGUCGUGGAGUUGGAUACCGAGAGUGAUGGAAGUGAGAUUCAAACAGCUCUGGCAGAGUGGACCGGACAACGCACCGUGCCCAAUGUUUUCAUUGGCGGAAAGCACAUCGGUGGCUGUGACAGUACAACAGCCAAGCACAGCCAAGGGCAGCUGGUUCCUCUGCUCACAGAAGCUGGAGCUGUAUAGACAAGCCUCUUACAAGGAGAGCUUUGUUUGACUAUCUAGAUAAUAAGUCUAGCAAUAAACAACAAAACUUUGCGCAAUUGUGUUUGGUUUAUGUUGGUAAAUGUAUGGAGGCUGCUUAAGACAAGGUUGAAUGCAUCUAUUUGUGUGUGUUGGGAUGAUUUCUGGUGUAGUUUUCAAUAAAUUUCAGCAGUCUUUAAUGGUCAUCCAAGAACCUAACCCUCUGGCGUGGUGGUGCUGACUGCCUGAUAAUAUGAGUGAAGUAAGUGAUUCUGGUUUUUUGAUAUGUAUAGUUAUGAGUAGAAAAGUUUAUUAAGAAAUUAUUGUCCGUGUACCCGUAUAAUUUCUCCCUUUAUUCUCGUAAUGUAAGAGCACCGGCGGCAGCUUUUCCAACA